CAGAAUGUCAACCCUGAAAUCUUGGAUCGGCUUGACCUUUUGCAUCCUUCUGGGCCUGGCUCAAGGGUGCGAAGCAGCUAUGGACAAGCCUAUAAGUUGUGGAGACUUAGUCCACCAUGCUGCACAGAAGGAACCCAUCCAGAUUGAACAGGCCCCACAGCUGUUACCAUUAUGUCCAAGUUGUUCUGCAAGAGCACCUUCCAUCAUAGGUGAUCCAGAUCAAACAGGAGUUGGGAAUAAGCCCGAGGAGACUCUGCAUCGUGAGCACUCGAGCCCUCAAUAUUUGAUUGGUGGCCGGGGAGUGCCCGAUGGCCGGCAGAUGCUCCGGCCGAGCCCACAUCCGGCCAGCAGCUCGGGAGGAGCGGCGAACAACCGGGGCCGGUUCAUCAUCAGGAAUCCGGCGACCGCUCAGCUUGAGGUCGAGGGGACAGGAGAAGUAGUCCGGUUUGCAAGCCUCUGUGCACCCGAUCUGUUCGAUAACGAGGGCUUCGAAAAGGAGGACACCAUGCGGACGAUCGCCCAGUUCGGGAAAUGGCCGGUGACCCGAACUUAUACCCUCAAAGUCAAAUCAACCCGGAUCUCGAGAGGACACAUCAACGGAUGGGAUCCGGAACUAGAGGAUUUCCUCUACGAUGAGGAUAUGUUCGUAUCAAUCGACCAUACCAUCGCAUUGGCUGCUCAGUACAACGUCCGAUUGAUCAUCCCAAUCAUCAACCAAGAUUACGGCUCAGAAGAGACUAACUGGGUCGGAAACUUCACCGAUCUCAUACGACAUCGUCGAGGCGUUCGCAAAGACAGACAGGGUCUGGAUUGGUGGAGAGAUGAGGAGUGUUUGGACUCGAUGAAGAAGAUUGUGAGCUUCCUGCUCAACCGCGUCAACACCUUCACCGGAGUCCGGAUCGGCGACGACCCAACCAUUCUGGCUUUUGAGACCGGUAACGAGAUGAAUUUUGGAGGGCUGAGUCCAGCCCCAGGCGACUGGACCCUCGAGAUCGCUCGCCACAUCAAGAGCCUUGCUCCCAAGGCCUUAGUCAUGGACGGCUCCUUUGCCCGGAACGACGCAAUCGAACACAGUCAUGACCACCAAGCCCUUCGAAGCGAGUUGGUCGACAUCGUAGGCUAUCACUACUACGGCUAUGGAGAUAAAUGGCGAGUGGAGAAGGAUGUCAAGGUAGCACGGGCACAUGGUACGGCAUUCAUUUGUGGCGAGUACGGCUUCUUUGCCGAUGGCCAGCAGUUCGAAUACUUCUUGAAACAUUGUGACCAACAAGGUGUCAGUGGGACCCUGGCCUGGUCCUUGCGUCCACACUCGGUCAAAGGUGGCUUCCAAACUCAUGGCGAAGGCAAUGAGAUAUGGUCCUACCAUGCACCCGGCUGGGAGCCCGCCCGGCUGUCCACCGGCCAACAUCCCGAAUGGGACCACAGGGAACGCGACGUCAUUCGGGCAAUCCGCAAGGCUGCCUUCGAGUUGACAAACCAAGAGCCCCCGCCCAUCCGACUCGAGCAUUCACCCGAGCUCUUCCUCUGCUCUAAUGGCGAGAGCUUCACCUGGAGAGGCGUUGCUUGGGCGGAUUCCUACGAGUUGUGGAUCAGUCCUGCCGGCCAAGCCGAGCCGGCCCAGGAAAUUGAAUGGAAGUUCUUCCAGGGCGGGAUCACCGAUAACAUCAAGCAAGGCCACCUCAAAUACUCUGUUGACGACAUCCUUAGACUUGUAAAUUGUAAUAGUUUGCGGAUCAUCAUGAGAGGUAUCUCUGCUGAUAACCUUCCCGGCCCAUUCUCUAAACCAUUGCGAAUUACUUCUCAAAUCUCUUCAGACAAGCUUGAUCCAGCUACUCCCUCAGGCGCUUCAAAACCAAUCAUUAAAUGCAAUAUUCUUUGAUUGUACAGUGGGAUAUCCAAUCUUUAUGACCCAUUGCUUUGAAGUUAACUUGCCCUGUUUUGAAAGUCUGAACACACUUUGAACCCUAAGUAUAGUAGUAUCUUAUCUUCAACUCAUCCCUCUAUGAGUAUCUUCUUCUUUUUUUUGCUAAUCUAUUUUUGAUCACCUUUUAUAUUGAAUAUUUCCUAGCUCAAGUCAACCACUGGUUAAUCACAUUUAUCCAGUCUAUCUAUGCUAGUCUAGUAUCAGUAAUCCUAAAUACCAUCAGUUCUUCAUCUCUUUU